AUGCAGAAGAGAAGCACAAGAUCUCGAGUUGGGGCACCUGGGGCUGCGAAGUGUCCAAGUUCGACUGGCAGUACUCGGGUACGGAGACAGCCUAUGUCUUGGAAGGUGAAGUCACGGUCACUCCAACGGGCGGUUGGAGUGGCUGCAAGGCGACCAAAGUUGAAGCCGGGGACCUUGUCGUCUUCCCCGAUGGCAUGA